AUGAAUAAAAGGGUAAACUUUUCCGCCCAAGAGAAGGAAGAGCUUAUUUCUUUGGUGUCCAAAUACAGGGACACCAUUGAAAAUAAAAAAACUAAUGGUGUGUCUGCCAGAGACAAAGAUGCUGCUUGGGAGCAUCUUCACUUCGAGUUUAAUUCGAAAGGUUUAAAUACCUUUCGAACAAAAGAACAGCUCAAAAAAUAUUGGGCGAAUAUUAAACAAAUAGAAAGGCAGGUAGCAGCUACUACAAAAAUUAAUAGGUUGGGAACGGGAGGAGGGCCAUUCCAACCUCAAAAUGAACCAGACGAGACCAUUUUAGAAAUCAUAAACAAUAAAACAGUAGCUGGUUUGGAGAACCAAUAUGAUGAUGAAAGUCAAUUGGAGGAAAACAUUCCUGUAAUAAUAGAUCCAGAAAAUCAAACCAUAGAUUGUGAAGAGUUAAUCACCCAAUGCCCAUUGGUGAUUACUCCAAAAACAGACAAUGUUUUAAACUGCAAGGAGUUAACCAUGAUUUGUAAAGGUUCACAACCAGGUUCAUCAACCAAACAAAAGACGCAAAAAAAUAAAAUGACCCCACCAGCAGUCCCGAAACUAGAAGACUUAAAGGCCCAGUUUCUGAGUUGCCAAAUUCAGGAACUAAGUGAGAGAGUGGAGAUGAAAAGGCAAGAAAAGCAAUUUCAAGUGAAGCUGUACAAUCUCCAACUUGAAGAAAAAAGAGUAGAAGUUGAUAUUUUACUACAAAAAAAAAGAAAACUAGAGCUAGAGAAUGAAGCUCUAGAGGCUGAAUUAAAAAAAAAACAAUGUAAAUAA